GCGGAGGUUCUCGACGAGCUCGAACGCGAAGUCUCGAUCAUGGCGCGCCUGCGGCAUCCGAACAUCGUCCUCCUGCUCGGCGCGGUGCGCUCGCCGCCGGCGAUCGUGGAAGAGUACUGCGCGCGCGGGUCUUUGUACAGCGUCCUUCAGAGGCAUUGCAAGCCCGGGGUGCCGCCGCUUGAGUGGCGCGUGCGGCUUCAGAUGUCUCUCGGCGCCGCCGCGGGGAUGUGCUACCUUCACGCGUGCUCGCCGCCGAUCAUUCAUCGCGAUUUGAAAUCGCCGAAUCUGAUGGUCGACCGGUACUUCCGCGUCAAAGUCGGCGACUUCAACCUCUCGCGCGUCGCCGUCGCGAGCGCGACCACCGGCGCGCUCCCGGGCGGCAGAGUCGCCGCCGCCGCGCAGCACUCGCAAGGCGGUCUGCACUCGCCGCGGUGGAUGGCCCCCGAGGUGCUUCGCGCGGCGUCCUACAGCACCGCUUCAGACGUGUACUCCUUCGCGGUCGUCCUGUGGGAACUGCGCACGAUGAAGCUCCCGUGGGAGUCGUUGGGGCAGUGGCAGCUAAUGCACGCGGUC